AUGACAACUACCUUCUCCUCUCUGCCCAUCGUUGACGUGGGCCCUCUGGGCUCGUCCGCGGGUGCUACCGAUGCGGAGCUGUCGGCCCUUAGCCAGCGACUAUAUGAUGUCUUCGCCACGACGGGGUUCGCCUAUCUGACGAACGUGCCUUUGAGUUUCAACCAUGCGGAGGUGUCCCAGAUGUCACGCGAUUUCUUUGUGCUGCCAACGGAGGAGAAGAUGAAGCUCGCCAAGCGCUCGUUUCGACGUGAUCAUCAAAACACAUACCGAGGGUACUUCCCCACGCAGCCAGAAUUAGCAACCGACAAUCUCAAAGAAGGCUUCGAAAUGGGGCCCGCAAAGCUCAUCCAAGCGACAUCUGUUGAUCCGUCGUCCAAGUUCAACUUGGCCGAACCGAACGUCUGGCCAGAUGAGAAGCAAUUCACCUCUCGAGAAAAGCUGGAGAAGCUGUACGUCGAGCUGCAGAAUCUCGCAUCUAAGCUUCUGUCUCUGCUGGCCAAGUCGUUAGGAAAACCGGCAGACUUCUUCGAUCCGUACUUGGUGGACUCACUGAGCACCCUGCGUCUGCUCCACUAUCCUGCGGUGGCGUCUGCCGCGUCGGGUUCAAGGUCCGCUACACAAGAUGAAGUGAAACUCAGUUGCACUCAGCACACGGACAGCGGGAUUUUGACUCUGCUGCACCAGGACUCCACCGGUGGCCUGGAAGUUCGCAACUCUUCCGGCGAUUGGGUUGCUGCGCCGUAUAUCCCAGAGUCUCUCGUAGUCAAUAUCGGUGAUCUGAUGGCAAAGGUAUCUGGAGGCCGAUUCGUCGCUACUAUGCACCGCGUCCGUGCUCCCGAGCCAAGCUCGUCAGCCGCUGUCGUUAGCAACCAGCAGAACGGUGAGACCCAGGCUUUGGGACGAAUCAGCGUUCCAUUCUUCUUUGAGCCGGGCGAAAACUGUUUGGUGCGGUCUGUGGAUGCCGAGGAGGGCUUCGUCAUCUACGGCAAGCAUGUGCGGACGAAGAUGAAGACGUGGGUUGAGUUCCAGGAUGAUGAUGAUAACUAG